AUGAGUGAAUCGAGAGAUCUCACAAACAAAGAGCAGCGCAUGGCACGCAAGGCCCAAAGGCAGAAAGAAAGAGAAGAAAAUACAAAUAAAAGUAAAAAGCGAUCCUGCCUUGACGAAGAAGAGAAAGGGCAAGACAGCGUAGACUCCAACCAGACUGAUGAUUCCAGGGUGGAGCACAGAGAGCACGAGAGCGACGGCGAAGUUGAAGCCAUAUCUCACAAAGAGCAAAGAAAGCGCCGCAAGAUGGAAAAGUAUAUGUCGCAGCAUUCGGAAGGAGAUGUAAAUACGAGGCCGUCUAAACCACAGCGCAGUCCGUAUAGUGUGUGGAUUGGCAACUUGGCUUUUUCUACGUCCGUCGAAGAACUAACGGAAUGGCUCCAGGAACAGGGCAUAGAAGGAAUCAGUCGCGUGCAUAUGAUAUCUGGUGUGCGCAGGGAGGAACAUAAUAGGGGCUUUGCAUAUGUUGACUUACCAUCUCAAGACCAAGUCGAGCGAUGCAUUGCUUUGUCUGAGUCUGAGCUAAAAGGGCGGAAUCUGCUCAUUAAAGGAGGUACAGACUUUCGUGGACGUCCAGGUCUCGAUCCUAAGGCGGCUGAACUGGGAAGUGACGCGAAUCAUGGUCGGACAGGGCUCAGCAAGACAGCACAGCGUAUUCUACGGAGCCAGAAAAAUCCACCCGCUCCCACCCUGUUUCUCGGUAACUUGAGCUUCGAAACAAAGGAAUCAGACAUUUACGACCUUUUAGAAGGAUCUGCACAGAAAAGAUACGAAGAGACAGCCACAUCGGACGAGUCAGGCGUUUCUGCUAGUGCCGGUAUUCGCAAGAUCCGCAUGGGUACGUUUGAAGACUCGGGCAAAUGCAAAGGAUUCGCAUUCGUCGACUUCGACUCGGCAUCUCUCGCCACAAAGGCCCUCAUCGAGCCCCGCAACGGCCGCUUAUUAGGCCGGCUACUUCAAAUCGAAUUUGCUAGUAGCGACGCUGUGCGACGCGGUGCUUCCAAGGACCUUUUGCCCGACUAUGUACCUGAACGCCGGCGCAGACGCUCAAGAUCUACCUUCAAUGAUGAAGAUACAAAGGAGAACGCCUUGGAAGAGCAAGACUAUGAUGCAGCUCAAGAAGACAAUCAUACGGCACCGCGGCGUCCAGGGGCCUCGAGGGCGCCGCGCCGCGUUCGCCCAGGUGCCGCUAACGCAUCCGCACCACGACAAAACUAUGGCAUUGUCCCUUCAGAGGGCAAGCGGACUACCUUUGAGUAA